CGCCGCGACACGGCUUGGUUCGUUCCGUCGCUUCGUGGCAAAUGUACACUUAUUUUAAAAUCGACAACUCUUCUGUUGAAUUUAGUUGUGCCGAUAUUUAUUUUAGAAGUCAUUUACAGUGAAAGUGAUCCGUUUCCGUUGUUUUGGACACAUUUUACAGCGUUUUGGGAGGUUUGUUAGCCGACUAGCUCUUUAAAAAUGUCUGAUCCCUGGAAUCGAGGACAUGGCGCUGUGGACGAUAUGCUGGAUGCUGAAAACAAGCUUUUGGCAGAUAAUUUGGCGAGUAAAGUCUCUAGACUGAAGUCUUUAGCAUAUGACAUUGACAAAGAGGCUGAGGAUCAAAAUAACUACCUGGAUGGCAUGGACUCCAAUUUUCUCAGUGCAACUGGCCUUUUGACUGGAAGUGUGAAGAGGUUUUCUAUGAUGGUACGGUCUGGCCGAGACAACAGAAAGAUCCUGUGCUACGUGUCUGUUGGCCUUGUGAUGCUCUUCUUCUUGCUGUACUAUCUAGUGUCACGGAUACAGAGCUAAUGGGUCAUUUUCUCACGUCAUAGACCAGAUUCUGAUUUCUCAGUUCUAUGAGAACUAUCCCCCCAUGGAGUUGAUCCUGGAUGAUAUAUAACAUUUAUCUCCAUUUAAGCCAAAUUAUGUCAAGAGUGAUUUAUUCAAUGUAUAUUUUUAGUCAUGAAACAAAACAUGCCAUGGACCAAUGUCUUAUUUCAAGUUUAUUAAAAACAUAUUUUUCAAUC